UCUAGCAGCUGAUUGAGACGAAGUGAAUGAGGAAAAAUCAUACAAUCAUUUUUAGAGUUUCAGAGCUGAACUAAGAACAGAUGAAUUCAGAACAGUUCAGGUCUUCCUUUUUUCCACCAUCUACCUGUCAAAACAUAUCUAUUUAUAUACAUCUCUUUUCAUUCUUUUAUUUUCUCAUUUUUUAGACUACAAGACCUACAAUUGUCUGUGUGUUCAGCAUGGUUUGGAUUACAGUUAUCAAAAAUAUAAGCAAAGUGCAACCAUCGGAUUAACUGAUUUUAAUGAAAUUUUCUGUGUUUUUAUAGCUCAUUUUUUAUCAAUCAAACCGUGAUUUUACCUCUCUCUUUCUCGAUGUUUCCUUAUUUUAUAUCAUCAUCAAUUCUUUUGAAAUUACUUUCUCUUUGUCAAAAAAGUGAAAGUCAAUGUUGAUGUUCUUGUUCUUAUCCUUUCUGUUGAUACCAUCACAGUUAUUCACAGUUUUCUUACCUCCAUCUCUCAAGUCACCAUCAAUUCUAUUGUCGUUAAAAACUAUUGAAAAAUCACCAAGUUUGACAUCAUUCUGAUUGCUUCUUACAUGGAUACCAUAUUUUGUAAAGAUCUCUUGCUACAAUUGAUCAUAAAUAGUUAUUUAAGUGUGAGGCCUGAAGAAGGUAUUAAAUGAAACAUAUUAGUUAUCCGAUUUGCUUUCAUUUCCUUCUUCUCUUAACCAUUCAGCCAAAGGCCUUUAAAACGGCUUAUCUUUCAAGGCAACAUGAAACACCAUGGAACCCUGGUAUUGGUCGGGUCUUUGGCAUGUUUUCUUGUUUUAAGUGAAUCUUUACCCUACAGUGAAGAUGAAGUUGAUCGGUCUUCAACCUCUUACUCCUCAUCAGCUUCAUCAACACCACCAAGAAUGCCAAAUCAUGUGAUGGUAUCACCUUUAACAGUGGCCAAUAAUAAAUCUUUUGUUCCAAAUAGUAAUAAUAAUAAUAUUGAUAGUAAUUCUCGGAAUGUGACUGCUAUCGGUUCAUUAGCUGAUGCACCAUCAUUACCAUCAUCUUUAUCACCCUCACCUUCACCAUCUUCAUCAUUAUCUCCAUCAUCAUCACCAUCAUCUAGUAGUUUUAGUAGUUUUUUGCAAAGUAACAGAAAUUUACCAUCAAACACAAAUAUCAAUAAUGUUAGCAAUGUGACAAUUCCAUCUUACAUGCUUUCAAGAGCUUUAAACAUUUCAUCUCCAAGUGAAGGUCUGAUGAAUGCUCAAGUGUUUCCUAAUGCUCAAGUUCUUAAGGAAACACUGAAUGAUACUGCAAUACUUAGGUGUAAAAUUAAUGUAAAUACUCCUCUAAAAAAUGUUAUUUGGGAGAAGUUAAUAACCUCCAAAACUAAUAAUUAUGAUAAUAGUGAUACCAAUAAUAGCAAUAAUGAUGACAAGAAGGCAUUACAAAGUGAAUUCUGGGAACCCAUAAUUUACGAUGAUCGAAGAUUUCUUGGUACAAAUAAUAAUAACAAUGGCAAAGGACCUAAAGCCAGCAAUAAUUCAUCUUCUGGUGAUGAUUUAGACCGAUUUAGCUUAACAAUUAGAUCUCUACGGAAAAGUGACAAUGGAACCUAUGUAUGCAGAGGAUUUAGUGAGAAAUCAAAUGAAACGUUUUCCCGUUUAGAUUUAUUUGUCAUUGAACCAGCUAAAUUGGAUAUACUUGCCAUUGAACCAAUUAAUCCUAGAAGUGUUAACAUUUCAUGGCUAUUACGUAGUAAUGGUAACACCCAGGUUCACAGGAUAUACCUUGAAGUGAGAAACAUCACUGAAUCUGGUGACUCUGAAUGGGUAGAAAUUGAUGGAAACAUUGCGCCCAAUCGAACCGGAUCUUAUACCGUUUUCCGGUUAAUACCAGCUUAUUCUUAUGAGUUUCGUUUAGCUGCUUUCAAUGAUGCCGGCCAAUCAGAUUGGGUUACAGCUAAUGUAACUAUGCCACCGGAUGUUCCAUCGCCGGUUACCCAGCUUCAUGUGCUUUCUCGAACCAAUGAAACCAUUUGGAUUGGAUGGAGGAAACCUCCUGAAGACAAUGGAGCCGAUAUCAUUGAAUACAUUCUGGAAUUAAGUGAUGCCGAAGAUCGUUUAUUGUAUAACAAGUCAUUCCAAAUCAAUCGUGAAACUGGAGGAAGUGGAUCAAGGUUGAUGUUCAUGUUUGUUGGUUUGGUUCCUGCUACCAAUUACACCGUUAGAGUUAGAGCUUGUUCAUCUCUUGGUUGUGGCAAAUGGUCAGAUCCCAAGUUUCAAGUGUCAACUUUGGAUGGAAUUGCUGAAGCACCAGAAAAUGUUGUUCUUCGCUGCUAUUAUGAUUUUCAGAGAUCAUCUAAUCGAGUAAAUAUCACCUGGGAUCCACCUUCCAGAUCAAGAGGAACAAUUGUUGGUUAUAAUGUAUCACUAGAGGGUCAUUCAUCCUACCGUAACAGUGAAAAUCAAAUGGAAAUGGACAAUUUCAAGAAAAUUUAUCCCAUUGAAAGCAAUGAAACAAGCUUAAGUUUAGAUGUUAAACCCAAUACCAAUUAUACAGUUAGAUUAUGUACUCUUAACAAAGCUGGAUGCGGUGAAUUGAGUGUCAUCACUAAAAGUACAAUGUGCUAUUCAUUACCAACAGUCCCGUCAAGUAUUCCUGGUGCUGGUUCACUGUUAUCCUUAGCUGAUCCAGAUGAUCCAUUUUGUCGACAGUUAAAGUUGAAAAUUCCACGCAUUUCUGAAAGAAAUGGACACAUUAAAUGUUUUAAAAUAGUGAUAAUCAAAUUGCCAAAGAACACCGAAACCAAUCUGGUCUUACCUCCUACACCUUCCAAUGUAAAUAUAACUUCCUACAGUUACGUCCAUUCACCAGCAUUUGACUCCCUUCAAAGUAAUGAUUCAUCGGUUGUCGGUGCAUACAUUGCUGAUGAAUUGUCAGCAGAUAAUUUGCCUGAUGAGAUAAUUAUUGGUGAUGGUGAACAUUCAACCUGUGAAGAUGGUCGAAUACCAAGGCGAAUCGAUCCCGGAUAUAUAAUGACGACACCAAGUGACAUUCACAACAACCGUAACAAUCUUGUUAACACCGUUAAUCCUAGCAACAGUAUACACAUUAAUAUUCACACUGAUAAUCCUAGCAACGACAAUAAUUUAAACUUUAGUAAUAAUGGUAAUUUAAAUUAUGGACCUCAUUAUUCAACAAUUAGUUUAACUUCAUUGGAUAAAUUGAUUGCCGAUGGACCAUUGGAUUCAUCAACCAAUUAUACCGGUUUCAUUGAGGUUCGAGUCUUGGGACCCAACAAUGUUUACAUUACCAAACAAAGCGAUUACUUUGAUCCAAUAACAACCGGCACUUUUGACCCAAGAAUAGGUUCUCUCUCUCCUUUAUCACCCAUCUUUGCCUCUCUCAGUGAUUCAGCAGCAGCUAUAUUAUUUGGUAUUGUUUGUGGCCUUGCUUUGGUUCUUUUUUCAGUCCUUUCUGUGAUCUGUUUCUUGCGAACAAAAGUCGACGACUCUCUCAGUGACACGGGUGACGAUGAACGCCUUGGCCUUACUGCAUUACUUCGACGAACUGUUGUGGGUACAAAAAAUGGACACAUUAUUUCCAAUGGUGUCAUUGGUUCAAUAAAUGGACAUAAAUGGAUUGGCCAACCUAUUCCAAUACAAAACCUGCCCAAUGUAUUUAUUGAGCGACAUGCCAAUUCUGACCUUUUAUUUCAAGCAGAGUUUGAGGCAUUACCUGAAAAUUUUGCUGAUCGAACCUCAAUUGACUCCAAUUUACCCGAAAAUGUUGCAAAAAAUCGUUAUCCUGAUAUCAAAUGUUACGAUCAGACGCGAGUAAAGUUAACACCAAUUGAUAAUCAACCCGGUUCAGAUUAUAUAAACGCCAAUUUUGUUGAAGGCUAUAAAGGAAGAAAGGUUUACAUUUGUGCCCAAGGACCCAUUGAGAGGACAAUAACUGAUUUUUGGAGAAUGAUUUAUGAACAAAAAGUCAGCGUUAUUGUAAUGUUGACCGGAAUCGAGGAACAUGGUAAAAUCAAGUGUUCCCAGUAUUGGUCCGAUUCGGGUUGUAAAGAGAUUGAUAAACUGUACACCGUUACCCUGACAAGUUGCACCAAAUAUUCCGAUUUUAUAAUUCGUCGUUUCAUUUUAACCAAAUGUGAUGAAUCAGCUGAUGAAGAGGAAGUUCCCAGAGAUGUUUUACAAUUUCAUUUCCUUCUUUGGAAAGAUUUUCUCGCCCCUGAACAACCUUCAUGGUUAUUGAGGUUUAUUAAGCGUGUCAAUGAACACUAUUGUCCCGACAAGGGACCUCUAUUGGUUCAUUGUUCAGCUGGUGUUGGACGUACGGGUACAUUUAUUGCCAUUGAUUCGUUAAUUCCUGAAAUAACUUGCGGAACCUCAAUCAACAUUUACGAGUGUGUCUCUCAAUUACGUUACCAGCGCAACUUUUUAGUUCAAUCAUUUAAACAAUAUAUUUUUGUCUAUCGCGCUCUCAUGGAGUUUGCCCAAUUUGGCGAUACCGAGAUUGAAAUUUGCCAUCUUAAAGAUCAUUAUCGUCAAUUAAAGGAGCAAAAAUUUGAAGGUAACAUCAACGGAGUUAUGGCUGAAUUUGAUAGAUUAAACGAGGUAAUUGAAGAUACUAAAUCAUGUUGUGUUGGCCUAAUGGAUAUGAAUAUGAGCAAAAAUCGCUAUGAUUUUAUUAUUCCUUAUGAUAUUAAUAGAGUUAUUUUACCGCCUUCACCUACCAAGGAAAAUUCAUCUUAUAUUAAUGCAUCUUUUGUUCAGGGUUAUGAUCGUUGCCUGUCAUUCAUCGUUACUCAAGAUCCCUUAGAAAGUACAGUUUUGGACUUUUGGAGAAUGAUUUUGGAGCAAAAUGUUAAAAUUUUGGUUAUGCUGUCCGAGUUGGGCGAUGGACAGAGUAAAUGCUUCUGUUAUUGGCCCAAAGGCGAACAAAUUCACGAUUAUGUUAAAAUAAUUCCAGAAAGUGAAGAGGAAUUGGAUAAUUAUAUGAUAAGAAGAUUUAGUGUUGUCAAUAUUAAGAGCAAUGAUUCGGUCAAAUUAACUCAAUAUCAUUUCAUGUUAUGGCGAAGUGGAGUCGUUCCUGAAGCUACUUUACCAAUUCUUAAACUAAUUGAGGUUGCCCUUUCCAGUAAUUCCUCGUCAACCUCACCGAUUGUGAUUCAUUGUAGCGGCGGUGGCGAUCGGUCAAGCCUUUUUGUUACCCUUUCAUCAUUAACCCAACAGAUACGAACUGAUGGACGUGUUGAUAUUUUUCAAACGGCUCGAUAUACUCGAUCUCAAAGGCCUUGUAUGCUUCAAACAAUUGCACAAUAUGAUUUUAUCUAUCGAAGUCUGAUAGAUUUUAUUGAUUCACAUAAUUUAUGUGAUAAUAUGAGUGACACUCAAUUGUGACAUUCCUGUAAAAGAUAUAAAUACGACUCAACUUUUUUUGUAAUUAACUUUUUAAAUGGUGAAUCGUAAGCCGACCAUAAUGAAAGCACAAGCAAAAGCAAUUUUGGCACAAAGGAAAUGCAAUAGAAUGUCAAUCGGAUAAUAAAACAAGUCAAUUUCAAUAAACUGGUUGCUGCAAUUUGACUAUCCAAUGAAACCAAGCACAACUACACUUGGAUGGUUAAAAAAGGAUUGACUGACCUUACUGAAUUGAAGCCAGACGAUGUCAAUUUCAAUUUAACAAGCAUCAAGCCAUUGUAAAAUAAAAACAAAUCCAAAAAAGGAUGGCGAACAGGAUGAUAGUUGCCGUUGAUUGUUGCAAUUUGUACAAUAUAAUAUGCUCAAAAUGUAAUUGCACAAGGAAAAUAAUCGAAAUGUCUUUUUUUAACAUUCAUUAUACUAUUCCUACAGAAAAGGCAACAAUGAGACUAUUCUUUCCCUUUCUUGAUUCACUAGUUAUCAUUCCUUAAAUUCACUUACCAGUUAUUGAUUAGUCUUUACUGGUUCAGUCAUAAUUUGAUACUAAAUCAGCAACUUUACCCACAGUUACCAGUUUUGUUUAUAAUCAAUAGUUGCAAUUGUUAAAACAAGAGUGAGAAAUUAACCUUUUUUGUUCAAUUCCUUUUCUAUGUUGAAACUUUGAACUCAUUCUCUAUCUCUAACCAUUUUUGACCAUUUCUUAUCUCAAUUUAAUCAUGAAUUUGAGGGUUUUUUGGAGAAAAACUGAAACAAAUUGAUUAUAUUUAUAUAACAUUAUACAUAUACAACAUAUAUAUUUGUACAGGCCAAUGUGCAAUUUUUAGAGUCAACCAAUCCAAUUUUGUGCCAAUUGACAGCAGUUUUAAUGAGGUAAAGAAAUGGUUAAUAAGUUGCUGAUUAUUGAGCUUCAAUUGAAGCUGAAAUUUCCACAAAAAUUGCUUCCCAUCUUCAUCUUCUUCCACUCCAUCUUUCCUACUCAAUUUUAUCUAGACUGAAAUCAAUUGAAGAGAUUCCAAAUAAAAAGAAACAAUUUUGAUCAAAUGUAAA